AUGGCUAAGCGUCGACUCGAAGAUGCUAUUGUCGCAUCGCGUGCGCUAAACGUUGGAAUAAAAUUAAUUGAUAAUUUUAAAGGUGCUCAAUCAUUAUUUUCCACUGAUAUUAAUAUGAAUGCAGGUGUAUUCUCAUUGAGAUUCAGUGAUAAUUUGGAUAUAAUUGGUAUUGGAUACGGCGACGGUUCAGUUCGUCUAUACUCAGUUACGAGUGGUAAACUAGUUUCUGAAUUUCUAACGUCAUCAUUAUCAAAAAUUGAACAUCUUCGACACUUGAGUAUGGAUUUGCCAGUAAUGAGUUUAAAAUGGCAUCCACAUCAAAGACAUCUGCUAUACUCAGCUUGUGCCGAUGGUACAAUACGUUUGAAUAAUCGUGAAACAAAUGAACUGAGUGUAAUUGUCUAUGAGUGUGAUAAUGAGCUAACGUCCAUAGAUUUUUCUGCAAACGGAGAAUAUUACGCAACAACGGGGAAGGAUGCGAAUAUACGUUUAUAUAAUGCAAAACGGAAUGUCAUUUUACAUAAAUAUAAUAGCACGAAAAUGAAUACACAAGUAGAAACAAUACUUAGUACUGGUACAAGUGAUGAAAUAUGUACGACUGGUCAUUACUAUCGUGUAUAUGCUGUCAAGUUUCAUCCGGAUUACGCGAAUAUUUUGAUUACAGGUGGAUGGGAUAAUGUUGUUAAAAUAUGGGAUAUUCGACAGAAAGAAUGUAUUGAUGCGUGUGAUAACGAUAUAUUGACGGCAUCAUGGAUACGUUCGAAUUCAUUGCAGAUCUAUGAUUUUCGUACAAGGGGUUUGUUACAAACAUUAAAAGUUAAAGGUGCUGAUGAAAAAGGGGAAUAUAUGUAUUCGGCUCAGUUAUGUGAUAAUCAUACCAUCAUAGCUGUUGGUAGCGGAACAAAUUCGUGUCAUGUGAUCAAUACUAUGGAUAAUAAUGAGUUAGCGCGUUUACCAUUAACAAAACCGGUUUAUGCUCUUGAUUCAAUGCUGGGUGGACGAGUGUUUGCUUUCGGUGGAUUAGAUAAAUUUGUAAUCGCUCAUAUGAAAGAUAAUUAG